UACUGCCCCACGCUCCUUCCUCCUUGAGAGUCCUGUUCUGUGCGACGCAGCCGAAGACCAGAGACAGGGAAAGCGAGAGAGGGGAAGCUGGAAGCCGAAGACGAAGGUGUCAACCGAACCUUCCCUGGAUUCGUCGCCGCGCCGGGCCUCCAUCGGUGAAACCUUGAUAUGUUGAAGUGAAGAUCUGUGGCGCUUCCUGGGUCUUUUAUAUGGUAUUGACAAGUACGCCUGCCUGGUUGAUCGAUCCUUUGGCAAAUGGAAGGCAGCAGCCUACCCCCUGGAAACCCGAUGCAAGUAACUCCUUAUGGUAGUUUGAAUGGACAUGGCAACUCAAUGCAAAUGCAUGCUCCAUGCUCAGGAAAGCAGCCAUUUAACCAAUCUCUGAUGCUAGGGAGCUUCGCAAUGCCUGUCAACCGGAUUCAAGACCCUGACAGAUUACCCAGAUUUCAAUUCGGAGAACAUGGAAAAGUUGACCACCACCAGCACAGUCAUCGCUCAAAGAACUGCCUCAGUGAUGAGGAGGAGCAUGAUAUGACCGAGGAUGUGGGUGGCAAAGGAAAGAAUGGCUCCGCAUGGCAUCGGGUGAAGUGGGCAGGUUCAAUGGUUAAGCUUUUGAUUACUGCAGUAUCUUACACCGCGGAGGAUCCUGGGCCUGAUCUGAACUGCGGGAAGAGGAGUGGUACAAUAGCACAGAAGAAGGGCAAAUGGAAAGCAAUAUCAAAGGUCAUGUGUGAAAGAGGCUGCAAUGUGUCACCGCAGCAGUGUGAGGAUAAGUUCAAUGACCUGAACAAGAGAUACAAAAGGCUUACAGAUAUCCUUGGUUGCGGUAUUGCUUGCGAUGUUGUGGGCAAUCCGGCACUUCUUGAUGGCAUGGAUAAUCUUUCUGAUAAGAUGAAAGAAGACGCAAGGAAGAUACUGAGCUCUAAGCACUUGUUCUAUGAGGAGAUGUGUUCUUAUCAUAACAACAACCGUGUGAGUUUACCAGAAGAUCUCGAGUUUCAGCACUCACUACAGCUUGCUCUUAGAUGUAAAGAGGACCGUGGUCCGAGGAAGGAUACCAGUGGAGAGGAUCAAAGUGCAGAUUCUGAUUACGAGGAGAAUGAUGAAUGGCAUCAAGCGGUCCGUACCAACAUGAAUAAAAGGAUGUGCCAUACGGUGGAUCAUGUUGAUGUGGGUUUCGUCCCUUCAAGCUCGAACAAUGGCAGUGGGAGGUUCGAUCCCCAUGGCAUCACAUUGGACAUCAACAAAGGUUUACCAGAUGGAACCAACUUGCCUUCUCUGCAAAAGGACUUGGCUUCACAAGCACUGGAGCUUCAGGAACGUCGACUGCAGAUUGAAGUAAACGAACUGGCAAUAACAAAGCGACGUCUCAAGUGGGAGAGAUUCAAGAAGCAGACGGAGAGGGAAAUGAAAAGGAUGGAACUGGAGAACGAACGGAUGAUGAUCAUGAACAAGCGGUCACAACUUCUGCUAAGACACAAGGAGCUCGAGCUCAUGGCAAAAGGCGAUCCCAAUCAUGCAUGAUCAUUGUUUGAUCAAAAGCGUUGCUUCGCAAUAUGGCAGAAGCUGGUUUUCCGGCGAGGGUAUGGCGGUUGAAGAAGCAAGUAGAGGUGGUAGAUUAAAACCCUGACCACCAUUGUCGAUCCAUCCAUUUUAGGACCAUUUUUCUGAGAUGAGAGGGGAUCCAUAGGACUUGAUUCAAUGUUCUUCUGUGAUUGUAACUCAGCUGUUGCAAAUGUUGUCUGUACUCGUGGGCUUUGGUCUCUUCUGUUCUCUUCUGUGAACCUGCAAAUGUUUGUUUCCCAAUAUAUUCUUGCUCUCUUC